CUGACAGCUGAUCAGCGGUAGCAUCCGUAGAAAAGAAGUUGGCUGCCACGUAUGGCUUUUCUGUCAUGUACUUUAUUUUAGGACUUCUGUUUUAGGGAAGUGUUGUAAAUUGUAAAUGAGCUCAGUCAAAAUGCUGUUUUUUUAUCUUUGCUCCGUAUUACCCUCUUUGUUGGUGUUUGUCACUGGGAGAAAACUGCCCGAGCCCGAAGUGAAAAUUGAGGUGAUCCACAAACCCUUCAUGUGUACCCGAAAAUCAAAAUACGGAGACAUGCUUCUCGUGCAUUACGAUGGAUUCCUGGAGAGUAAUGGCACCAUGUUUCAUUCCAGCCGCAAAGACGGGGAGAACAAUCCUGUGUGGUUCACUCUCGGGAUCCGAGAGGUUCUGAAGGGAUGGGAUAAAGGUCUGCAGGACAUGUGCUCAGGAGAGCGGAGGAAGCUCACCAUCCCUCCAUCACUGGCGUAUGGCAAGGAAGGACAAGGCAAGAUUCCUCCCAGCAGUACCCUCAUUUUUGACAUUGAGCUCAUGGAGAUCCGAAAUGGUCCCCGGUCACAUGAAACUUUCCGGAAUAUGGAUCUCAACGAUGACUGGAAGCUCUCCAGAGAGGAGGUAAAAGAGUUCUUGAAGAAGGAAUUUGAGAGACAUGGAUAUUCAGCUAAUGACACACACCACGAAGUGAUGGUGGACGACAUCUUUAAAAAUGAGGAUGAAGAUAAAGAUGGGUUUAUAUCGUCCAGGGAGUUCACCUACCAACACGAUGAGCUCUGAAGAACUGAUUCUGUUACGUUUGGGAGAAAAAAAGUUUGAGGAAAUUCCUUCGAAACAGUGAGAAGAUGAAUUAGUUACUUGACGGUUUCAAGCACAAUUCUCUCAAUAGGUUCAUUUUUUUAUACUUAACUUUGAACAGUAUUGCCACAAUUCUGGAUGGAGUUUCAUGACAUCAGUAUUGUAUUUAUAUUUCCAUUGCACAUGCACUGACAGUGACUUCACAGAUUUAUCUACCAUUGAUUUGUUUAUGCAGUUUCAUAAAAUGUGCCUUUUUGAAACAA